AUGUCCGAUCCAUCAAUCUAUACGAUCGGCUGGAUCUGCGCCAUUGUCCCUGAGUUCGUCGCAGCCCGGCUCUUCCUCGACGAGGUCCACGAAGAGCCUCGAUCGCUGUCCAGAAACGACAACAACUCGUAUAAGCUCGGGCGCAUGGGCAAGCACAACGUCGCGAUCGCGGUCCUUCCUCAUGGCGAAUAUGGAGAAAGCUCGGCGGCAGUGGUCGCUCGAGACAUGGUCCGCACAUUUGUGAACAUAAGGGUAGGGCUUAUGGUCGGCAUCGGCGGCGGCGCUCCGAGUCCCAAAAAUGACGUCCGUUUGGGCGACAUCGUUGUCAGCUCCCCGGCUGAGGGUUAUGGCGGCGUGAUUCAGUACGACUUUGGCAAAUCCAUCGAGGAUGGGAAGUUCGAGAUGACUGGGUUCUUGAAUCAGCCGCCCCUUGCUCUAAGAACAGCCCUCAACAUGCUGAUUUCUGACCUUGAAAUAGAAGGCAACUCGCUUGAAGAGCACAUUUUGGAGCGCCUGAAGAAUGACAUCUUGAAGAAGAAAUACGGUCGGCCCAGUCCCAAUUCCGACAAACUUUUCCGCAGCGACAUUGUCUAUGACGCAAACAAGUCAAUGGCUGAUUAUUGCGCCGACGACUUCGUGGAUCGCCCGGAACGAGACCCUGGUUCAGAGCCCGUCGUCCAUUACGGACUGAUAGCUUCUGCAAAUCAGGUAAUGAAAGAUGCUCAGAAGCGAGAUGCACUAGCAAAGGAAGAGAACGUGCUAUGCUUCGAGAUGGAAGCCGCUGGUUUGAUGAAUCAUUUUCCCUGUCUAGUCAUAAGAGGAAUCUGUGACUACUCCGACUCUCAUAAAAACAAGCAAUGGCAGGGCUACGCUGCCAUGGCAGCCGCCUCUUUCGCCAAAUCAUUGGUCUGUUGUAUUCCGCGUCAGAGCCUCGAGCAUGAACAGUCUGUAGCAAAAGUAUUGUCUUCUAUCAAUUCAGUCAAGGAAGAUGUCAUCGCCAUAAAAGAUACAAUCGAUCAUGACAUUCUGGACAAAUUGCCAAUGGCUCAGGGUGCUGAAUUCGACAGCUAUGAAAAUCAACACGAACCGAGAUGCCAUCCAAGUACCAGAGUUGAUAUUCUUCGCGACAUUGAAACCUGGGCUCCUCAUGCUACUGGCCCGAAACUUUAUUGGCUCAGUGGAUUGGCUGGAACGGGAAAGUCGAUCAUAGCUCGGACCAUUGCUCAUGAGUUUUACGAGACCAACAUACUCGGCGCCACGUUCUUUUUCAAAAGGGGAGAAGUUGAUCGUGGCAGCGCGUCGUUGUUUUUCGGUACGCUAGCCCGUCAGCUAGCGCAGCGCCGACCCGAGUUAAGCCCGUACAUAGUAAAAGCGAUCAAGGAGACGGAUAAUAUCUGUUCCAAGAGUAUGGAGGAGCAAUUCACUAAGCUCGUCUUCAACCCACUCAAACUGGCAGCCUCAAAACCAGGGGAGCCCAAAAAGUUGAUCCUGGUACUCGACGCAUUGGAUGAGUGUUCGAACGAGAAGGACGUUGAAAUUUUAUUGCGUUUACUGAUCAAGGCUAAACUACAGCUGGAUUGGCCUGGGCAGGAGAAGAUCAAGGCCCUUGUCGACAUCGCCAUACCCUUGUUUUUGUUCGCGGCAAUAGCUUGCCGCUUCAUCCGAGACGAGCUAUUCGGCAGUCCAGAGGAACAGCUUUUGAAGCUUGUUCAGACCGUUCAGAAAGGAGGCGUCAGCGACAAACUUCAAGAGACCUAUCAGCCAGUAUUGAGACAGUUCAGAGGCGAAAGAACGUCGUCAGAGCGAAUGAUCCUGCUUGGAAGAUUUAAAGAGGUCAUCGGCGCAAUCAUACUCCUCGAGCAGCCUUUGUCGGUUACCUCAAUCGCCAGCUUGCUGGGUCUCAAGCCUUCGCAAGUUGGUGGUAUCUUGGUUCCUCUCAGUCGCUAG